CUUUCAUUUUUUGAAUUAUUGAUUUAUUAAUAAUUAGCAAUGUCUUCUGAAUUUACUUCUGACAGUUGAGCAAUAGUAUGUUCAAACAUUGUAAAUUAUGUUCUCAAAUUGUCAGAACUGAACCUGAUGACAAAAAAAUUAAAAUACGAAAUAUUAUGGAGGUGGGAAUGGAGCGCCGGCGCUCAUAUUAUUAAUAAUAUCUCCGUUAUCCUUCUACCUGGACUUCUGACGACUUGCAGGUAAUUUCGAUUUGAAUUAUAAAAUAAGUACGCAAAAUGUCAGAAUUGUACCUAGUGACAAAAUUGUUGCAAACAUUUUUGCAACAUUAUCGACUUCUGACGACCCUUUAUCUUCCGCGUAGACUUCUGACAAUUUUUUUUUCCCAUUUUCUAAUAUCGUUUCCUAUACUAGUGCAAAUUGUCAGCUUUGUACCUAAUCACAAUUUUUGCAAUUAUCCAUAGGUUUGAGACCUUUGGGUGCUUGCAAAAUUGCAGGAAAUGCUACGCAAAUGAGCAACCACCUGUCGUUAGACCGCUAGGCGAAGAAAGGGAGCUUCGAGGGGUUAAUGUUUGUGAUGUUGCUGAAAUGAACUUUCCUUGCAACAACACUUGGUACAACCAUUGCCAAAGAAACGGGUAUUGAGCCUUUAAGGGUUAGAAGAAUUUUAAAAAGAAAUAAGUACAAGUGCAAAAAACCCAAGAAAUUUUCCCACAGGACCAUGAGAGACGGAUGGAAUUUUGCCACGAAGUAUUGGAAAGGGCAAAUCGGAACGAAAUGUUUAUUAGUAACAUUUUGUUUUCAGAUGAGUCCUCUUUCUCUAUUUGUGGUAAAUAUAAUCCGUCCAUUACAGUGGGUUAUUCGAGGGAAAAUAAGCACAUAAGCAUACCAACACGUACACAAUACCCUCAAAAGGUUAAUGUAUGGGCUGGCAUUUUAGGUGAUUCAAUUAUAGGCCCUUUUUUAUCGAUGGAAACCUUAAUGCCAACGAAUACCUUAAUCUUUUGAGGGAUGAAGUUCUUCCUGCUAUUCGAGGGGUCAAUAUCAAUUUAGAACAAGUUUGGUUUCAACAGGAUGGUUGUCCCGGUCAUAACGCAUUAGUGGUACGUCAAUUUCUCGAAACGUCUUUCCCUGAUCGAACAAUCGGUGGAAACGGUACUAUUAAAUGGCUCGCCAGAAGCCCCGAUUUAGCCCCCAAUGAUUGUUUUCUUUGGGGAUACCUAAAAGAACAAAUUUAUAGGCACGAAAAUCAACGGGCUACUAAUUUAGAAGAGCUUUGUGUUCAAAUUAGGCAAACAUUUAAUAGUAUCUCCACUGAAAUGUUGUCGAAUACGAGAAGGUCGUUUUAUGAUCGAUUGACGUACUGCACUGCUAUAUAUAGGGUGGCCUUUUUGAACCUGACAUAAGAUAAUUUUAAUUUUUAUUUAAUAUUAUCAAAUUAACUUAAUUUUUUGCUUUAUUUUGAAUUAAUUUUUUUAUUUCCUGCCCAAUAUUUAGUUAAUUUAUGUUUACAACAUUAUUGCAGUCGGUUUUUAGUUUAUUUUUUGCUGUUAGGACAGGCAGCAGCAAAGACUCAAACGAAACAAAAAGUUUUCUUUUAAGUUGCCACAGAGCAGUGCAUUCCCACUCGAACGCCCUAAGAGUACUGAAAGGUUUCGUUUUUGCCAGACCUACCGCGAUAUAUAAUUUCUAUAGGCGAAGUUAGAAUGAUCAUAUCUGUAUAACAAAAUUUCACGUUUACCAAGUGACCCAGUCGACCUACGUAGCCAGCUCUUAGACCAUUAGCGCGGUUUCACACACACCCAUAUUAUCGGUGUCGUUAUCGGUAUCGGUUUGCCUAACAAAUAUCUUGCCUUAAAUGAAUAGUUUUACACAAAAACCGAUCCGAUAAAAAUAUCGGUGGCUGUGUUCGAUAUCGUUGCGUCUGUCGGAUGGUUGAGUUAAAAUCGGCCAGUAAAUUAUCGCCCGGUUUAGUACGCAAUGCAAACUAAAUAGACAUAUUCACACGUUCCGACUUGUCGUUAUCGGUGUGUCAUAUCACUUUUGAAACCCAGUGUCUCACUUUGGCGGUUUGCUGGAACAUGGGUUAUACUUAAUAUGAGUGUGACUAAAUUUAAUUACGACAUUGUUACACUCAUUGAAUUGGUGGAAGCAAGGCCCUGUUUGUGGAAUAAAUUUUCCGAUGCUUACAAAGACAAGAUAUUGAAAAAACGUAUGCAUAAAUACCUUGAAGGCAAUUUCAAUAAUUUAAAUGAACAAGAACAGCAAAAAAUUGGUAAGUGCAUGUUUUUUCCUGUAUUUAUUCACAUAUUGGAAAUUAGGAAAAAACUAAAUGAACCUUCCAAUGAAGAUGAGUCAUUCUUCAAUUCCGUUGUUCCUAUGAUAACAACAAUGUCUGAAGAGGAAAAAAUUGAGUUUAGGAUGGGAGUACUGCAGCUAAUUAAAAAAAUUAAACAAAAACGUCAAAUAAGCACCUCUAGCAUCACCUUUUCUACUUCUCCUGUAUCUGAUUUCUCUGCAGUCUCAUCUCCGUCAUAUACUAUUCUACAAGCAGCAAACCCAUCAACGACAAACUAUCAGUCGUUUUAUCAAGAAGGGUCAUAUACAUCAACAAGUAGCACCUCACAAGAUGUUUCACAACAUUUCCAAAAUAGUGUAUGAAUUAUUUUUAUUAUCAAAGUUUAGUUUAUGUAAGAAUUUUUAUUAUGUUACUUUAAAUGCAAAUAAAGAAUUUCCUUAAUUACUUACCUUAAUGUUAUUGCCAGCAUUUCUUUUGGAGAGAAGAGAAAGGAAUCUCCACACUAAUUUUCAAAUUUUUAUCUUUAGUAGUUUUUGAGUUACGGGCACUUUGUGGUGACUUUUCAAAAAAAAAUCAACUUUUUCACAAAAAUUCAAAUUUUCUCAACCCUCUGUACAUUAAUUAAAAAACGUCGAUAGAGGUGUCUAAUGAAAUUAAUCAAUAAUCUCAAGGUACACAUAAUCUCAUUUGAGUAUCUUGUAGCUCAAGAUAACUUUUCUAGUAAGUAGUCAAAUGUAGCUGUGCUCAUUCUAAAGUAUAGUUCAGUUCAGAGAUCUAUUAGAAUCUUUGAUGUGCCGCGAAUAGUCCGUGUGCCGGUGUUGCUUGUAUUGUCACGUGACAUGCAUGUUUAAAUCGCAAAAUUUUUUGUGAAAAGAGUCAUAAAGUAAUAUUCUAAGCAAUAUUUAUUUAUCAUUCCAAUAAAUAAAUAAAUGUUUUAAGCAUUUUUUUCAGAAUUUAUACACUUGAUUCGUAAAAUUUGACUACAUGCGCCCACGUACUAUUUUGUUAGACGUCUGACCUCAGUCACAGCCACUCAAGCGUGAAAAGUUGCACAGGUCCGGCCUUAAAAUGUAUUUGUAUUUAAAACUUAUUAUUCGGGAUUCUUGGGUUUAGUUUUAUUAAGUUUGAAAUUGAAGAUAGUAGAUAGCAAGGUAAUAUUUAAUUUAACUAUAAGAUUUAAGUACGUAAAAUGAGUUUAACCAAAAAUUUUAAUUUAAUAAGUUUAGUUUUUAGUGCCAUAAGUGGGGUGUUUAUAACAAGUGAUAAGAGAAUAUUGACAUUUAGUUUUACUUGGUGGUAAUUAUUAAUGGGGAUUUUGGCUGCCAUAAAGAUCUCUUUAAAAACACGACGAAAGUUAUACAAAAACAGGCCAAAAAUUUAUUUGGGUACGGCCCCGUAAUCUUCAAAAUCAGUGGGAUAGAGAGAGAUACAAAAUCACUUGCACAGCCUGAAAUAGGAAUCGCCAGAACGCAGGUGUUUUAUCUUUGUUUAAUAGACUGGCUAAAAAGAGAUGACAAGCCUGUGAGUGCUGGAAGUGUUUAAAAUAUUUUGUAAGAUGCUUGGAUUUUAGUCCGCGGUCAAUUUUUUGAUAUUAUUUUCUUGUGAUAAUAUUUUCUUUCUAAAAAUGGACAUUUUCGAAAGAAAAAUAAAAAAUACUAUAAAACAUGGGGUUUUACAUAUAUUUAAAAUGAUUUCAUAGAUAAACAAUUUAAAAUUUUGCCAUUUAAACAUGUAUAUCUUGCGACAAUAAAUACGACAUAGGCGCACGGACUAGUUACUGCGGAAUCUGCGACACAUCAAAGAUUCUAAUAGAUCUCUGAACUGGACUUUAGUUAAAAAACUUUUCAUCAUGUUCGCGCAAUUUUUCAAACAUUGUAUAAAAUGCUCCUUCUACAUAUUUUUGAGAUAAUAUGGGAUGGACCCAAUAUCGUCUUCGUCUGUUUUUUUGACACUUCUUUUUUCGCAAAUACAGCAAAUAUAAUAAAGACACAGCUUUUUUUGUUCAUAUUAAAUAAUAAACUGUUCUGAUACACUACACACACCGCACUGAUCCCUGGCCUUUUAUGAAAGACGGCGCAAACUUUUACUAUUUUAUCGGUGUGUAAGAAAGCUCUCCGAUACCGAUAUCGAUAAUAUCGGUGUGUGUGAAACCGCGUUUAAGGUCGGGGGACCGCGGAUAUUCCCACCCCUUCCAAUCCAACGAUUUGGAAACUGUUGGUUGAUAUAAACUCUCACUACUCGAGCGUAGUGUGGAGGACCUCCAUCAUGCUGCAGCCACAUGUUUUGACGUGUUUCUAAGGAUACGUCUUCUAGUAAGCCAUUUAAACGAUUUUAUAAAAAAUUGAGGUAGCUUUCGCCAUUGGGUCGUCUUGGUAAUUCAAAAGGGACAAUUAACCCUCAAUUAUUCCAGCUCACAUGUUUAUUCCAAAUUGAUGUUGGAAAGCGCGCGCAAUUCUAGGGUUGACAUAUUCCCAAUGAUGUAAAUUGUGAAUAUUAAAUAUUUUUAUCCUUUGAAACGUCGCUCCAUAAAAUUCUUUGGAAAAACUGCGGGUCGAUUCUGUUGCGACGUAACAUAUCCCUGCAAAAUCGUACUCUUGUGGCGUAGUCUCCGGGUAACAAUGCUUGCACCUGAUAUGGAUGUAACAGAGAUCUUCUCAAAAUACGAUGCACCGAUGAAGAUGAAGACGCCUUGCUAUACGACGAAUACUAAUGGUCGGAUUUUCUGCUACCAUAUUUAUUAUCUUAUCUUCAUCAAUAUCAACUCUAGGCCUUCCUUCUGUGGGCAAAUGCUGGCCAGGAAUUUGACCAAAUUCAUUGUUCAACUUUUAGUGGAUUGUAGUACUUAAUAAUUAUAUGGACGUAUUGGUAUUUAUUUAUUUUUUCUUAUAGACUUUUAAUAAAUGCGUGAUGUAUAAUUUAAGAGUAGCAGUUUAUGUAUUUUUAGUGUUGAGGUUUUAUUUACUGAUUUUCUU